AUGCAUUCUACAAAAUGGCCACAUUAUCUUUACACUGCUUCUCUGUUCUUUUUGAUAUUUCUGACUGCACUCUGUAUUGCCAUCUCUGCUUCUGAUGUUGUGAUUCAGACACUGACGAACAAAGAGUAUUCAGGCAAUUUUGAUUACCGCAACUUACUGGUUGUCAGUAGCAGUUAUAUUUUUUUAGCUUUGGCUUCUAUUUUAUUUUCAUGCAGGACUCCUCUUUUUGAAGGGCUUGAUUUUAAGCAAGCAGUAGCAAGAACACCCGCUAUUGUGGGCAAUAUCAAUCCAGAAUACUUUCGCCCAUUGUACGUGCCUGUACGACAAUAUAUUGAAUUCUUGAUCCAACAAAACUUGAUUGAUAAACAACUGGGUACAGUCUAUCUAGAAGGCUAUGAACUGGCUCGGUUUAGUCAUGCUCCAUUCAGCCAAGAGCAAUAUAUGGAUAUUAUGAAGCAUUUAGCAGCUAUUUUACAGAAUAUGGGCUACAAUAUCAAGAAUAGUCAUAUUGAACAACCUGAAGACCAUCAUUCUAUGGUCACGUGCUCUACAAGUAAGAAAAGUGAAUUCUCUGUCUAUGAUGAAGACGAAGUCAGGCAUGAUAUCUAUGAAUUACUUAUGAAAGAAAGAUAA